GAACUGCUCCUUCCUCCGGUGAAACCCUAGAGGAAACAAUAGCAGUGAAUUCGAAUACACACCACCUGAAACUCAUGGCGAUUGCUAGAACCGGUGUAUUUGUCGAUGAUUAUUUGGAAUAUUCAAACACAUUGCCCGCUGAGCUCCAGAGGCUUCUCAAUACUAUAAGAGAACUCGAUGAACGUUCUCAUGCCAUGAUAAAUCACAGCAGGCAGCACACGAAUUAUUGCCUUGGAUUAGCUUCUCAGGCUCACAGUUCAAGAAAAAGUAAUUACGAAGAUGAUGAAUCCUUUGAGAGGUUGAGAAAGGAAAUUGAGGUUAACCAGAAUAAUGCAUUAAGCCUCUGCACCGAGAAAGUUUUGCUUGCAAGACAAGCUCAUGACCUUAUAGAUAGCCAUAUAAAGCGUCUGGAUGAAGAUCUUAACAACUUUGUAGAAGAUCUCAAGCAAGAAGGGAAAUUGCCAGCAGAUGAGCCAGCAGUUCUUCCUCCAUUACCUUUCAUCCUCAAAACUGAAAAGCGGAAACAUAUGUAUGGAACGCCCCAAUUAAAAAGACCUGAAAAUAGGGAGAGGGAUUGGGACCGCGAGCGUGACAGGGAUUUAGAGCUUAUGCCACCUCCUGGAGGUCUUAAAAGGGAUUUCUCUUCCCCAGUUGAUAUCGAUCAACCCAUUGAUCCAAAUGAACCCACAUACUGUGUCUGCCAUCAGGUAUCAUUUGGUGAUAUGAUUGCUUGCGAUAAUGAAAAUUGCCAAGGAGGCGAAUGGUUCCACUAUGCGUGUGUCGGGCUCACACCUGAGACCAGAUUUAAAGGCAAGUGGUAUUGCCCAACCUGCAAACAGUAACCACACUGAUCAGACAUGUCAAUGCACUUGUUGGCACAAUGGUCUAAUGUAUUCGACAGGAGCACCAUGGAAGGGAUUAUUUUCAGUUAUGCCAUUCCUCAUGUGAGUUGACGCCAAGUUACUUGUGAUAAGGCUUAGUUGUCAGUUCCAUGCAACUCUUCUUGUGUAUUUAUGCCUGGUCUAAUCUUGAAGGAAAAAGAAUUCAUGGAUUGCUCAAUAAAGCUUGUUCUCUUGGUGUCUCAUCUUUGUUAUACUCCCUCUGUCCACCAUAGAUCUUCCGGUCAAACUUCACUCACUUUGUUUGCUCAUUUUUACUAGUCAUUUCAUAAAAUAAUAUAGUCUUGUCACCUCUAGUUUUAUAAAACUUUUCAUGUAGUUUUUUACUAUAUAAAUUUUAUUUUAAAAUUUUACUCCUAUAAUCAAUUAAAUUGAAUUAA